AUGGAUUUCCCUCUACCAGCAAGCCUUAUAGUAGCGGCGGCUUUUAUACUUGUCACCUUCUUCUUCCUCUUCCGUAACAAAGAAGGUGUCCCCGAAGCAGGCUUGGCAUGGCCUAUAAUCGGCCAUUUCCACCUCUUGGGCGGCAAUGAUAGAAUGCCCCACAAAGUGCUGGGCGACUUGGCAGACAAAUACGGGCCUUUAUUCCGAAUGAGGCUCGGCGCACACCAAGUGCUGGUGGUGAGCGACUCGCACACCGCCAAACAAUGCCUGCAGGGCCCCAACGACCGAGCACUCGCCGGACGCCCAAAGGCCAUAGCUUCCGACCACAUAGGCUACAACUACGCCGACUUCGGGCUAGCCCCACACGGUCAGUUCUGGCGCGACGUCCGCAAGGCGGUCAUGCUCGAGCUGCUGUCCAACCGCCGGGUGGAGGCGCUCCGCCGCUUCCGGGAACUGGGAGCAAAAACAUUCGUCCAAGACAUCUACUCGAGUUGGGCCAAUCAGAAGAACCAGUCCAACGUUGUUGAGGUGGAUAUGAAGGAGUUGUUUGGGAAACUAAUCAUAGACUCCAUGUUACACCUGCUCUUCGGGCAUCGGUACGAGGAAGUAGGGAGGUGGGUGACAGCCACGUUCAGGAGAACCUUUGAACUGCUGGGGAUGUCUCUUGUGGGUGAUUUCUUGCCCUGGUUAAGAUGGUUGGACAUUGGAGGAUAUGAGAAGGCCAUUAAGGAGAACACUAAAGAGAUGGACAGGGUAAUGCAAGAUUGGCUACAACAACAUAAAAACAAAACUACUAAUGAACAAGACCAACAAGACUUCAUGGAGGCAUUCCUUUCCCAAAUUCAUCGUAACAAAGAUAUUCUCAAUGGUUUUGAUUCUGACACGGUUGUCAAAGCCACUUGCACGGCUUUAUUGGCAGCAGGUACUGAUACAACUUCAACAAUGUUAACCUGGGGACUUUCUUUAAUUUUAAAUAAUGAUAAUGUGUUGGAGAAAAUUCAAGGUGAGCUAGACAACGUUGUCGGGAGAGAAAGGCACGUCAACGAGUCUGAUCUUGGAAAUUUGACUUAUUUUCAAGCUGUCAUCAAGGAAACAUUUCGUUUAUAUCCUCCAGGCCCCCUCUUAAUUCCACAUGAAGCUAUGGAAGAUUGCAUGAUCAAGGGCUAUCACGUCUCCAAGGGUACACGCGUAUUGAUAAAUGUUUCAAAGAUUCAACGGGAUCCGAAUUUUUGGGCAGAUCCGGAUGCUUUUAAACCCGAGAGAUUUUUGAUGGAGCACAAGGAUAUUGAUCUGAGGGGCAAUCAUUUCGACCUAAUCCCAUUUGGUAGCGGAAGAAGAAUUUGCCCUGGGAUGUCUUUAGCACUACAAAGUGUGCAAUUGGGCUUGGCUGCUGUCAUUCAUAGCUUUGAUAUAAAAAGAUCUUCGGAUGAACCAAUUGACAUGACAGAGGCUAAUGGCUUGGCGGUUGGCAAGGCAACUCCACUCCAAGUUCUCCUUUCCCCACGCCUACCUUCUCAUCUCUACAUUUGA